GGUCUUCCCAAAUCAGGAACACCACCCGCAUUUAAAAGCCGCCGCGGCCUCCCCGAGAAGCGCAAAAUUCGCGAUGUCGCCAAGGUCAUAGCUGUCUCAUCAGCUAAAGGCGGGGUGGGCAAGUCGACAAUUGCGGUCAACCUAGCCCUGGCCAUGGCUCGGCGAGGCAUCCGCACUGGCAUUCUGGACACAGACAUAUUCGGCCCUUCCAUACCUACGCUAUUGAACCUCCAUGGCGAACCACGUUUGGACUCGUCGAAUUGCUUAAUCCCAUUGACAAAUUAUGGACUCAAGUCUAUGUCAAUGGGAUAUCUGCUCCCCCAAGCAUCAUCUCCGCAGACCGACCCCUCCACACCUCCGCCCAUGGAUACAACGCCGAUCAGCUGGCGCGGACUCAUGGUAACUAAAGCCAUGCACCAACUCCUCCACUCAGUCUCAUGGGGUCCACUCGAUGUACUCAUACUCGACCUCCCGCCCGGGACUGGCGAUGUCCAGCUUACGAUCGGGCAAGAAAUAAUUCUCGACGGGGCCGUUAUCGUCUCUACACCACAAGAUAUCGCCCUCCGAGAUGCUGUCCGUGGAUUCGGCAUGUUCCAGAAAAUGGAUGUCCCAGUGCUUGGUAUGGUUAGAAAUAUGGCAUUCUUUGAAUGUCCACACUGUGGUAACGAGACGAGGAUAUUCUCACACUCGCAUGGCCAUGAAAGUGCCGAGCAAGGCGUCGUGGCGCAGUGCAACAGGCUGGGAAUAGACUUUCUUGGUGAUAUCCCCCUUGAUGCUAGGGUCUGUGAAGAUGCAGAUCGGGGAGUGCCCACGGUUGUAGCUGAGGAGGCAAAUGAGAAUAGUGGUAGGAGGAGGGCAUUUAUGGGCAUUGCCGAAAAGGUAGCUAGGAAGGUUGGCUUAGAGUGGAAAUAG